UGAGAGAGAGAGAGAGAGAGAGAUGUGCAACAAGAAGAGUCCUUCUGGUCACGAAGAUCAUGUGCAGAGGAGCUCCAUGAUUGAUGAUAUGAUCAAGAAAGAAGAAGAUGAUGAAGAAGAAGACGAACUGAUUAAACAUUUAGCAGCUCGGAAAUUCAGAACAAAAACCAGAAAACCCAAGUUUUUAAGUCUCCGAUCCCACCUCAUCUCCGAAGAUAACGGACAAAGUUACAGAGCACCCAACAAAGUUACAUCAACGACGGCCAAGACCCACCACCGCCAACGCCGCCGCCGCCGCCCCCAGCUCAACCUUUUUCCGCUGCACCCGGAAAAUCGGGUCGAGAAUGAUUUUGAAGAUAAAGGGUACAUGCAACAGGACGAGAACGUGGCCUUGCUGUUCGAGUCUGACGGCAGCGCCACUCUCAAGGGCCUCCUAACCUCCACCGCCACCACCGCCACCGCCACCACGUCGACAAUGUCAUCCGAUCUGGAGGAAGCAGAGUCCUUUUCCUACUACAGGGGACGGGAUGAGUAUAGAGAAGAAACAGAGCGUGACAUUGUACGGACGGCGAUGAGGAGCAGAGAGAGGGAGACAAGCGUGGAGAAGUGGGUGUGUUUCUCGGAGUUGGUGGAGGGGCAGAGAGAGGAGGACUGCUUGGCUAGCUCGACGACGAGUACUACUGGUACACGCAGCGGGGAAGAUGUUCGGGAUGUUGGUCAUCGACGGUGGAGCUGCGACGGCAAGGGGUUGUCGUUGGCGUUGAAGCUGGAUUAUGAGGAGAUAUUGAAUGCUUGGUCCGACAAGGGACCACUGUACAUUGAUGGAGGAGAUUCCCCACAAACUGUACCUGACUCGAUGCAUCAGCAGGAUCAUCAGCUUUUUCAGCUCGAUCAUAACAGCAGUACUCCCGAUGGGUCAGGUGGGAAGUUAUGGAGAGUCCCGGAAGAGGACGGCAGCUUGAAAAUGAAGAUGGAGCAAAGACUGGCCAGUGUGUUGAGAUACAAGGAAAAGAGGCAUAACCGGCUCUACUCCAAGCGGAUCCGAUACCAAGUCCGAAAGCUCAAUGCCGAAAAACGACCCCGUAUGAAGGGUCGAUUCGUGAAGAGAGAUUGAAUUAACGCGCGUUUUGAACGUCUGGUUUCGAUCUGACCUGCACAACUUACCAAGAGGAUGGAGAUAGGCAUGGUUUUUGGUGUUUUGAGUUAGAUAUCCAGUGCAUGCGGAUGUUUUCGUUUCCCUAAUUUCUUUCCUGCUUUGCUUGUCACUCACGUUACUGGGAAGAGGGAAUGAUAAGUAGUAUGCUUCUUGCGUAAAAAUAUAUGCACAAAUCACAUACACAAAAAGAUGAUAUAUCUGAGAAUCAAUCAGACGUUAAUUAACGUGUAAAUAUUGCAGUUUUAUGUAGCUAUGUUUGUGAGA